GAUUCGAGGACAACGGUGAUGAUAAAGGAUAUUCCGAACAAGCUGUCGCGGAAUCAGUUGAUAGAUGCGAUUCAUGAGGUCGUCCCCGGCGGGAUCACGUUCUUGUAUCUUCGGCACGAUUGGGAGCACUGCUGCAAUGUCGGCUACGGCUUUGUCAAUUUCCGGACGCUCCAUCACCUCGAAGAGUUUGCUCGCCAGCGAUUGGGCCAGAAAUGGGCGCUCUAUAUGUCCGACAAGGAGCUCCAGCUGUCCUACGCUACGAUUCAAGGGCACGAGGCGCUGGUUGCGCAUUUCAGGAAUAGUACCGUGAUGCACGCCAAUCCCGAGUGGCGUCCCGUAGUGUUUGAUACUGCUGGGGAGAUCGAGCAUUUCCCGCCUGUCAGUAUCUACUAG